CAAGAUGGACAUUUGACAGAGGAUCAUUUGCCCAAUGUCUAUUAAAGGAUACUCUAUGACUACGUACACCUUAUUCAUACAAACGUUUUCGUCCCGAUUUACUCUCUGUAAGAUUUGAGUUGAGACUUACUGAGCGCACAAACAAUCAUAGGUAAGCAGGUAUUGCAUGUCUGCGCAUAAUUGUAUUAUUAAGUAUUGGACGUGUACUUGUUAUUUUGUUAUUUAUCACGCAUUUAUUGUCUAAUUGCAAGACUACUGACUUGGCUUUUGUUUUCACGAACGGGAAUGAAAAGAGGCGUAUUUUUAUAUUUGUAAUUGUUGUGCCACGGAUUUACCCUUAGUCUGGAAUUAACGACAAAUACACAGACAGAACAGACAAAAUCUUUUUAUCAGUCACAGUGCUAACCUCCCCAAGGCUGAGAGAGACCAGGUCGAGAGUAGCAUAUACUCCGUGCUAGAAGUACAUAGAAAAAACACCGUAUCAGAUUACACAAACUCAGUAACAAGGCGAAGGAGAUAAGACAACGACGACGAUAAUUUACUAUGAAGUACGAUGCUAUUACUAUUGUUCUCGGAGAAUUCGGGAAGUAUCAGAAGAUCGUGUAUUUUCUCGUCUGCCUUCCCGUAAUCUCGAUCGGAAUACAAGUGCUUCUUUCUGUCUUCAGUCUUGCAAGUCCAUCCUACAGGUGCUCGUUACCAGGCUCCAGCAACGAUUCGUUUGCUGUUAGAGACAUACAUCAUGCUAUUCGUAUCAAUCAAUCGAUUCCAAUAAAAUACAAAGACGGAACCUCAUUUAUCUAUGAAAGUUGCAAAGUUUAUUCCACGAAUGAAAACACGACCUACAAUGAGUUCAAUGUGCCUAUCAACGCCAGUGUUGGGUCUUGUGACUCGUGGGUUUAUGACCAAUCAACGUUCCAGAAAACUGUAAUUACAGAGUUUGACUUAGUAUGCGGUCAGGAGCUGGCCAGAGCUAAUGCCAACAUGGCUACAAUGGCCGGGUUGCUAAUUGGAGCUUUUUCUGUUGGCGGCGUUGUGUCGGAUGUUUUUGGGCGCAAGAUGGGCAUCAUGAUUUCCUCGCUCUUCCAUGUGGUGGGUGCCUUUGGAUCCUCCUUCCCAACAACAUACAUAGUAUUCGUCAUAUUCAGGUUCCUAAUGGGUAUUUCAACCACCGGUCUGUUCGGUUCACUGUUUGUCCUUGGCAUGGAAUUGGUGGGUCCGUCUUACCGUGUUGCAGCAGGUAUCACUGUCGAGUUGUUCUGGUGUACCGGUCUGUUUGUCCUUUGUUUCGUCGCUUUCUUUGUGCGUUCUUGGAACUACCUUCAACUCGCCGUGGCCUGCCCAACGGUUCUGCUAUUCCUAUGCUAUUGGUUACCCGAGUCACCGCGAUGGCUUAUAUCCAAAGGCAGGUACAAGGAGGCAAGGGUCGUGCUACAAAAGUGUGCAAAGGUCAAUGGUGUGACCCUACCAGACGACAUCAUCGGCAACGAUACCAUGGAACAUCGGCGGUCUCAAAGCGUCUUGAAAAUAUUCACAGCACCAAAGCUGCUUGUCCGGACUCUGAUCAUCUAUCUAAACUGGAUAGUUGUGAACAUGGUUUACUACGGACUCAGUUUGAACGUUGGUAAUCUAAGCGGCGAUAUCUAUUUGAACUUCGCCAUCAACAGCUUGUGUGAGCUUGGUGCCUACGUCAUGUGUCUCCUGCUGCUCAACAGGGUAGGCCGGAAGUGGCUUCACUGCGGCUCAAUGAUCCUCGGCGGCGCUGCAUGUCUGUCAACUAUAUUCACAGUUCUUUACGCAAAUGAAAAUCAGCAUUGGAUCACUGUCAUGUUGCCCAACAUUGGUAAGUUUGGAAUAUCGGCCGCGUUCGCCAUCAUCUGGUUCUGGACGGCAGAAUUGUUCCCAACGGUGGUUAGAAGCUCUGGUGUAGGUUCGAGCAACAUGAUGGGAAGACUGGGCAGCAUGCUGUGUCCUUACAUCGUAGAAAUUGGUACGUUUAUAAAAGGGGAUUUCGGCAAAUCGUUACCGCUGAUAAUAUUCGGAAGCAUGGCUUUUAUCGCCGGCCUACUGUCGCUUCUACUUCCGGAAACCCGGGGUACAGUGCUUCCGGAGACCAUUGAGGAUGCGGAGAAUUUCGGUCGACAUAACAAGCCCGCUGUAACUGAGGUUGUUUUGCAAGUUGUUGAGACCGGACUUUGAAAGUGUUAACGAAAUCCCUUGCGACCAUCACCUAUUUAAGGAUUAAUUCAAAGGGAGAUUAUACGAUUUUGUCAAAUAUUUAUGAAAUUAUAUAAAAUGUGUUAAAAACUUAGUAUACAUAUCUUUUAAUAUAAAUUAAAAUAAAAAUUAAGGAGAACAUGUGUCGAAAAAUGCGAAAUGAGCCAGAUAUUUAAUUCUGAAAUCGAAAAUGUCUGUAUAGUCGAAUUCGCCAGCAUGUAUAUCAUGCAUGUACGAUGUGAAUCUAAAUUUAGUUUUGUGCAGAUUCAUUCAUACUUCACAAAGACACAAUUUUGUUUUACGGAUCAUUUUAAUUUCCUGCAACGAUAUCUAUUCAAACGACACACGAACACUAACUCCGUUCCUAAUAAAAAGACGAAUGCUUCAAUGGGGCGUAGCUGCUAUUAGGCACAGCGGGCCCGGGCCAACAUUUUUUUGACGCGAAUUUUUAUAAAUUUCCAUCACGGUAAGUUGUUUAAUGACGUCAUAAUCUUCAUCAUCAUGACGCAGUCAAAGCAGUCAGUCUAUAGUACUGACAAUGUAGAUGUAAUAAAACAUGUACGUAGUAUUGCAAUUAAACGUAUUUGAUUGAGAUCCGGGCCUACAGCUCAGAAAAUGCUAGCUACGCCCCUGGCUUCGGUUAUUGUAGGAAAAUAUGUACGAAAUAUCUUCGUCACAGUCGGCUCGGGGCAAUAAUUUGUCUUUGCUGCAUUUUAUGAAAUUCGUCUUCAAUGUAUAAAUUUUCUUGCCUAUUUUGUGUUAUUGUAACAUAUUUUUAUCAAUAUAUUACAAUUUAACACAUUAAAAUCGUAUAAACUCCUUUUAAGACCAUACGCGACGAGAACGCGACAAUACUAUAUGCUAGCACGACAGUAUGAUGGCGAUAACGCAGCAGUGCGAUAAUAAUAACGUGACAGUACACUAACGAAGCAUCAAUACCACGAUAGUAAGAUGAUGAUUAUGCGAUACAUUUUCGUGUGAUUAUUAUCUUACUGUUGUAUUGUCGAGAAAUCGUCAUCAUUCUGUCAUGUUGACGUGUUAUCACUACUGUAUUUUUGCGUUUUCGUCAUCAAACUGACCCGUGAUGGUCAACGUACUGUCGUGUUAACAUCAUGGUAGUUUUGCCUUCCGUAGCCAAUGCACAGAGAAAUUUGUUCGCGCCACAGAUGCCCACAGAUGUAUGAGUAUGAUUACUCUUAAUUAAUGAAUUGGUACCAGGUUAAUAUCUAGUGUUAUGUAAAGAAUGUGAAAUUUUUGUGAGCAGUAUUAGUACAUUUUAGGAGCAUGUUUAAAUGUAUCUGCGUUUUCAUAUUGUGACUGUGACUGUUUGCAGUAAACACUUCGUGUAAGCCGAUACCGGUUCUUACAAUGUGUAUGUGUGAAUUGUUUCUGCUCGGAUCAAGACGGCUCAAACUCAUAACGGCCUUUCUUAUUUUGUCUAUUGGUAGUGCCAGUGGCAGCUCUACAAAUUACGUUUGAAAUUCACGCCAAAUUGAUUGUAAUCCAACAUCUCGCCGGAAUAUUUAAUUCUUAUCACAAUUUCUACGCAUCAAUUAGAAAAUAUUACACGUCUGAAACAUGCUAAAAGUAGCUAUAAUAAAAAGAAUUAUUAAAUCAUUAAAUAAAAAAAGUUUGCUUCCGGGUUAAUACUGUGAAAUAAAUAUUUAAGUUUUGUCAGUAAAAUGAAAUUGAUGUCAAUUUGCAAAAGAACGACACUUGGUGAUCAACUUCGGUUUUUAGUUUAAAUACUUUUUUUAUCUGAAUUUGUUCAGCCUGUAUCAUGUAAACAUUAUCUGCUUUAUUUAAAAGUGAAAUAAAAAUACACCGAUGUUAAACAUAAGGUGAUAUUUUUUCUCGUACAAAAUAUACAUGCGUUUUAUAUUGAAUGUGUGGUAACGUACGAGCAGUGAUUGUGAAUUAUUCGUUAAGUUAUACAUUUCGUAUACUCCAUGUAUACCCGAGUGAAAGGCGCUUUAAUAUGAGCUUCCCACAAAUAGCCAAGCACGCAGAGAUAUAAGCCCGUAUAUAAAUAGUAUUCAAGAUCAUCUCUCAAUAAUACAGAGUUUAAACGUCUCCGUGAUGGUUAUUCCAGAUUUCAGUCAGACCAUGUUGGCGGGCUUCAAGUCAAUCACACAGCUCAUUACACAUUUUAAUUAUUCUUGAUUAUCUUACGUAAAACAGCGAAAUCAGUGAAUAUUUUCUGCAAUGUAUUAAAGCAUCUUUCAAAAAGACACCUUUAUUCGCUCGUUAAUACCCGUUCGAAGCAAUCACGCAAUCUUCAUGUGUUGAUAUAUAAAUUAAAAUAUUUGCAAUUAUGACAAAAAGCAUCAAAAAAGAAGAAGAAAGUAGAUCUAAUUUUGGUAACCAAUCCUUUUUGUUGAAUACUUCAUUUCUUCCACAAUUAAUGUUUUGUUAACUCAUAUAAGUAGACUACACAUAGUUAAUCCGUAAUUGUAUGGUCGGUGUUGUUAACGAUCGUUAGUUAUUUAAUCUUAUUAUCAGCCCUCGUUGUUACCAUAGUAUCCCUUUAUCAUAUUUCUCUAAAUUAUUUUAUACCUUUACAAAAAAGCCGGCCGCCAAGGAAAUCUAUCCCUUCACACAGAACAAAAUUCGUUUUUCAAAUUCAUAUAUUUAGUCCGCCAUCAUCAAGUUUAAGAAAACUCUACUACCCAGUUUAAUUCAAUAAAAAUGCGACAAACCUCUUUCUAUCAAUUGUUUUGAUUUCUUUAAGAAAAAAGUGUUCGGAAAUCCUUAGGAAACAUAUUUUUUUUUAAAUUAAUCUUUGCAUUUGUUAAAAACUGAAGUCUCCGAAAUGAAGUUAUACUUUCGGAUUAUAUCUUACAGCAAUAUAAUGUGCAGUCAGCUGAGCCACACAUGGUCACGUAAAGCUCUUAAUAUGUCAUAUUGUUUCGUUUCAUAAGUUAAACAAUUGCCGCGUUUUUCAAUAAUUGUAUUGGUGUAAAACGCUUUUAUCUUCCACGACUUAUGGAGUUAGCUUGUACUCUUUCAUAUAAAUUAGGCUUGCUUUAUUUCCGGUCAAUCCAACAGCCCGAAAAAAACAUUCGGUACUUUUGUUUUUAUUCAAUUGAUUACGCAAUUAAUGACGUAUCUCGUGUGGCGUUAUUUCUGUGUCGAAACCAAUCAGUGUAUAGAGAAUACAUGGUAAAGCUCGCCCUAUUUUCUUUUUAUAAGCCUCACCUGAUAAACUUUCUCCAUCUCGGUACCAACCAUAUAUUCUAUUUAUCCUAUUUCAUGCCGUUGACACCUUUUAUCAAAGACAAAUGAUAAAUUGACAUAACAAUAUAAUUAUUCUUGUUUGUAUGUGUAGUUAUCAUACCUUUCCAGUCUCUAUAACCCUAAGAGCGUGAGUACUUUUGUUUUUGCCUAAUUUGUGUGCAUGUAUUUGCUGCUUUUUAUGUCUUAACUAUGAAAUAUAUUCUAAUGUUUGUUAUGCACUUGUGAGGAAGUUGCUGAUCAGUUCUUUCCAAAUCUGAUUUGGGGGAUAUAUGUUUUUUAGAAUUGUCUUAUUUGUCGCACUUUUGUGCUUAUUUUCCUAUUCAGUUUCUUAUUUAUUUUGUUUUAUUGCAGUUUUUAGACCUAGGUCAAGAUCAGCAACUUCAACACAAAUUUUAAUUUAAUGUAUUAUUUCUGCCAAUUGUAUUUGUGAUGUUUGUAGUCUGCCAGUUAUUUAAAUUUUGCCUCUGCAUGAAUAUAUUUGUUUUAAAUACCUCAUGUCUUAAAAGUCUAUAGGAUUGAUUAUGUAUCAUUUAAUGCUGAUGUUUGUUUUAAAUAUGCAUGUUAUUUAUUGCUAUUAUUGUAAAUGUCGGUUAAUAGCUAUUCAUAGCUAAUGUUUCUUUGUUACACAUGUACCGACUUAAAAUAAAAUUUGAUUUGAUUUGA